ACCUAAUGCUCUACUUCUCCUCUCCUUCCCUUAGACAGCUUAGGCUGCGCUGUGUUUCUCUUUGGGAUUGACGCUCAUCUGUGUGUGUAUAUACGAAUAUGUGUGGCAACAGAGAGACAGACAGUGUACAAUUUACAGGGCCAGCGAGCGGGUGCGUCAGAAAGUGUUGGAACGGUAAUGCAAUAAGCUAUGCUAGAAGGAGAGAAGGCUCAGGAAACAAAACAGAGAGACAAAUCGAGAGAGGAAGGCAGAGGCAGUUUGACAAAGCCAGAGAAAAUGAGAGAUCAAGAGAGACCAAGAGAAACAAGAAAAGCAAAGUAAGAGAAGCAGGGAAGGGCUACUGAAGUUGAUCCAGCCAUAGCGCACUGUAGCAGUUCAGUAAUGUAAGAGAAAAAUACUACGCAGGAGCUGACAACGAUCUGCAUGGGAGAGACGGCCAUGUUUUUCCUCCCCUCCUCCUCCUCCUCUUGGUUAAAUCUGCUCCAAAACUCCAGCAAUGUUGGAGAGAAGAGAGGAGACGCCACAAGGCCAGUCAGCCAGCAAGUGGGCGAGAGGAAGCAUCCAGCGAUCAUGAAGACAUUGGUGAUGAUAAUGGCAAUGACGCCAAGGCAGAACAAUGGUGAGGAGAGAAUAACAAGAGGACAUUGUCGUAUGCUGGUGGACAGGAGAGGACAGAAGUCUUGCAUCCUCAGCGAACUGUAAUGGGUUGAUUACUUGCGGUUGCUGUCUUCAUUUGGCAACAACCUGCCGAUCCUCUUUCUGUUUGUGCCCUCUUCUUCUUCAUCAUCUUCCCUCCCGUUACAGAAUCAGUCACAUGAAUAACUGAGCGACUCUGUCUUCUUUUAACAGUUUUCUCCACAGACUUCCCUAUGUCAUCUUCCCUCUCUUCCUCCAUUCCCUUCUCUUCAUCCUGCUACUCGCUUGCUCAUGUCGAAGUGUCAUCCACUGUUACCUAUCCAUUGCCCAGCGUAGUUUUCUCGCUCUUGUGCCUCUGUGAAAAUCAUAUUACCAUCGGUCUUCCAUUUUUUUCCCCCUUGUAGGUAAAUGAGUUGACAUUAUAUAGUGAUGAAUGAUUGCAUAUCAAGUGACCCACAGUUUCCUUAAGGGAGAAACCUUCCACCCCGUCUGUAUCCUUUGGAUCUUGGAGGAAGGGCCAGCAAGCCAGCUCCCUCUCCAUCUACCAACCUUUCUCUGUCUUGUGCAUGCAGCCUUGUUAGAUGACCUAUUAUCAGCCACAGGUGUAAGAUUGAAGUUUUUUGUGUCAAGCGAGGAAUGGAUCACCGAUGUGGCUGUAGAAAAUGGAGAUCGAAGAACCAUUAUCGGUGGCUUCUCCUUUCUCCUUUCUCCGAAUCUAGACGCCUAAACAUGGAAGAGAAUCUCCGUAAGGAAAAUCAGAUGCCAUUUGCAGAAGGCAUAAACAAGCAAUGUAACGUUGCUUUUCUUUGAUCCUUUUCCUUUUUCCUGUUGACGCCGUUGAGAGUUGAGAUUGUGUAUUCGCUUGGCAACCGCUGGUUCACCGCUGCACUUGAUAGCAGAGAAGCUCUGUCAUAGCCGAAAUUGCCAAUACUGGUCUUUUGUGGAUAAACAAAACACACAACAAAACCCUAUAUGCAACACCAUCUCAUGCAGUAGAGCAAGUAGUGUUGAAGGGCGUGGAUAGAGACAGGGAGACGUUUUCUCAUUGGUAAGAGCUCUCCUGCACUGUACUAGUACUAGUACUCCUAGCCUGCCACUACUAGCGACUAUCCCCCACAGCUCUCUCUGUUUCUGCUCACUGCACACUCCUCCAUUCCAUCGUACGUGCCUGCUGUGGCUCAGAUAAUGGCCUCUGCACACAUUGAAGAGUGAGAGCAGAGGAGAUGGAGGGAGAGGCUGCGCGAGAGGGAGGGGGAAUGGAGCGAGGGAGGGAGAGAGAGAGAAGGGGGAAGGUGGGGGCUGCGAAGAGAAGCCGACUGCAUGUGUAGAGAAAGAGGAUAUUGAAAAAGGGAAGGGAGGAGCAGACAGAGAUAAUGAGAAAGAAAAAAGGAGAGAACAGAAAGCGUCGGCCAUAAGAAGAGGCAAGAGAAUGAGAAACGUGUGUACUGGGGGAAGGUGUGUUGUGUGUGUGUGUGGCUGGCUGUGUGUACGUGUGUGACCGCAUGCAUGUGUAUUUCGGCGCUCGCUCUGUCUGUGCGCUGCACAGACUGGAAGGAAUAAAAAGGAAUACAACCCAACAAGGCCGGAUUGCUUGUGGGCUGCUGUGCCGGCAGGCAAGUCUCAUGCUCCUCUCUGUCUCCUCUUCUGCUUACUGCUCUCCGACUGGCAGCUCCAUCUGGACGUCUAGGACCACACCGUUCACGAAGUCACUUCAGUGGAUGGCCCCAGAAGUGGAGGCCAGAUGGAAAUUGGGUCACAUGACCGCCUCCAGGAAGGCGCACUGAGCCUGGAACUUGCCAAUGGGGUAAAUCGCUACCCUAAUGAUGAUGAGACAUCUAUGGAAACAGAGCAGCAGAGCGUGCCUCCAAGGCAGUGGGUGUCAGGACAUGGCAAAGUCAGUGACACCCAACAACAGCAACCAUGUUGGAACAGCAGCAGUGAUACAAACCCUGAUGAACCUGUCCACCACGCAAACAUGGAGGAUGCCCACAAUCUGGUAGCUUUUUCUGCUAUUGCUGGCUCCUUGCCUCCUUCUUCCUCCUCUUCCUGCCUCGUGCAGCCUAACACAGCCCAGCUAUAUGAGAAGUUCACCCAGGAGAUGGGUUCAGAGGGGGCUCAGGCCAGACUCUCUGCAGGGGCUCCUGAGGGUAGCUGCCAACCUCCAGAAGACCUGAACACCCUACAGACAGCACUGAGCCAAGCAAAACAUGGACACAAGCCCCCUAACUGCAACUGUGAUGGGCCUGACUGUCCUGACUACCUUGAGUGGCUGGAAAAGAAGAUUAAGUUGGCAACAAGUGAGGACCAAGGCACCUGUAAGAUGUCAGAUGCUCCUCCACACUUACAGCCUCACCUACAGCAACCCCAUUUGCAACAUCACCCUCAGCCCUACCCCCAGGUGAAUGGUGGCCACCAUCAGUCUACUUCAUACCCCACGCAGCAAAUGGGAACUCAAGGCCCUCAUCCAGACCAAGUGCCCUGCUCCAAACCCCCAAUUCCCUGCUCUCCCCAGGUGCUCUCCAUAGCAAAGGAAAAGAACAUCAGUCUUCAGACAGCCAUCGCCAUAGAAGCUCUGACCCAGCUAUCUGGUACUGGUCCGCAAGCUGUCGGCUCUCCAGGUCAAGCCCCCUACACCAGUAACCUCCAUCACCAUCAACAUACCCAAAACCCUCCAUCUCAUCCCCCCAAUGGCACUAGCUUGAUCCUGUCCUCUCCCAGCACCCACUCAUCUUCCUCACGCUCUCAAUCUGUCCCUCCAGGACUUCACACGAGCCAGCAGGCACCAGUAUCCUGUGAGCACCACAGGCCCCAAUCCCAGGGCCAGCCACCCCAUGCUACCCCUCUCCCAUCCUCUACCUCUCCCUUCCCAGGUCAGGGAAAACAUCGAGGCUUCAGCCCCAAUCCCCAGCAGUGGCAGCAGGGCUCAGGCAGAGGUUCUGAACAGAAGAAUCCAUGGCUGUGUAUGAACUCUGAGCCUCAGUCUCACUACGCCGCUGCACCUCACAGUAGCUCAGACCCCAUGUCAGAGCUCAAACAGCUGCUUGGUGACACCAGUGGCAAGUUCAGCAAUGCUCCUUUCAAGCUUCCAGUCACACAGCAGCUCAGGUUGAGCCAGAAUGGAGGUAUCCAGGCACAGGACCACCCAGCACUGGCCAGAAUAAAACAAGAGCCACAAUCUGGUGAGCACUACCAUCACACUGCCUCCAUGGGACAUUAUGGCAUGGCUAAUUGUCAGCAACAGGGUCAACAUUACCCUGGCACUCCCCUGUCUCCUGGCCAAGCAGCUAUCAGUCACUCCACUCAGGCAGCUCUGCAACAUCACCUUCACUACAAGAGGAACCUCUUCUCUAACCACUCCCCUGGCUUUGGAGCACCAGGCCCUCAUGCACCUCUGGCUUGCCAAAACUUGAAAAAAUGGUGGCCACAGAUGGAGUCAGAGGGUUUGCCCCAUCUGGCUAUCAAACAGGAACCCAAGGAACCCAAGAAGAAAAAAAGCAGCCAAGGAUCUCCUGUCAUAAAAGCUAUGAGUGGGAUGCUUACAGGCCCUCCCCUACCCAAACCCAAACAGAUAAUCAUCAAGAAGACCAAGCAGAAAGCCUCCAUGCCAACCUUCCUGCCUCAGAAUCAGAUCACCAUACAAAAACCACCAGUCCUCAUGAUGGACAGAGCCCCGGCCCUGACCAGCCUGCAACCAGGUUCUCUGCCCUCUCUGCCCCUCCACAGUAACUCCACUCAGGCUGCUGCUGCAGGCCUCCCUGCCCCAGCCCAAUCUCAGGUAUCAAUAUCCAAUUCCUCAAUGACUCCCUCUUCCAUUGUUUCUGCUUUGUCAGAAAACACUCCAGCCCUCAUGGGUCCUCUGUCCCCACCUUUGGCCCCUGUAGCCCAUGCUAAGUCAGAGGGAGCAAGCAGCCUGGCCUCCAGUAACACCAGCACCACCACACCUCUGACCUCCACAUCUCCAUCCAGCACCUCACAGCUACCGAGUCUCAUUAACAUAGACCCGAAGUACGAAGAACUGAUCCGCCAGUUUGAGGCUGAAUUUGGGGAAUCCGAUGCACCUGCUAGUCAGCCCAUGGAGCAAACCGCUACUGCCCCUCAGCCGGGGAAUCGGUCCCAGACCAGUCCUCAAGGCCUCAGCCCCUUAUCUAUAUCCAAAUCCCAGUUGGCUCCCUUAACUCUCUCUACUCAAGCCAGCUCCACAUCUCAUCAAAACGAUCAGGAGAUGGAAGUCAACAAGAAUGAGUCAGGGACCCAAAGUGAAGCAACCUUGAACCAGGUAUCCACAGAAAGCCCUAUUGAGCAACACCAUGAGGGGCCCCUCUCUCUGCAUCAGGAGGCAAUUCUGGACAAGCAGCAGCAGCCCACUAUAUUAGAGGAUACAUUUAGCAUGCCAGGUUCUCCGCUGCCUAAACGCAUGAAGAUUGAAGCCUCGGGUGAUAUAGCAGUACUCUCCACCACAUGCUAUUCUGAGGAGGACACGCCCACUAAGGACAGUCUACCUUCUUCUCCAUCUCUCAGAGGCUUCCUAGAGUCUCCUCUGCGCUAUCUGGACAGGCCCACCAAGACCUUGCUGGAUACUCCUUCCAAGGAUCUACAGGCAGAGUUCCCCACCUGCACCUGUGUGGAACAAAUUGUGGAAAAAGAUGAAGGACCCUACUACAAUCACCUGGGAUCUGGACCUACUGUAGCCUCCAUACGAGACCUGAUGGAGAGGAGGUAUGGUGAGAAAGGUGAUGCCAUCCGGAUUGAGAAGGUGGUGUACACUGGCAGAGAGGGAAAGAGCUCACGAGGAUGUCCUAUUGCUAAGUGGGUGAUCCGUCGCAGCAGUGAUACAGAGAAGUUGCUGUGUCUGGUGCGCCAUCGUGCUGGCCACCACUGUGCCAAUGCUGUCAUCAUCAUCCUCAUUAUGGCCUGGGAAGGUGUCCCGAGGGCCAUGGCUGACCAACUGUACCGUGAGCUGAGUGACAGCCUCACCAAAUUUGGCAACCCCACCAGCCGACGCUGUGGCCUCAACGAUGAUCGUACCUGCGCGUGUCAAGGCAAGGACCCUGAAACUUGUGGCGCUUCCUUCUCCUUUGGCUGCUCCUGGAGUAUGUACUUUAAUGGCUGUAAGUACGCCCGCAGCAAAAUGCCACGCAAGUUCAGGCUACAAGGAGAUCGCCCUGAAGAGGAGGAAAAACUCAGGGAUCGAUUCCAGCAUCUGGCAACUGAGGUGGCUCCUUUGUACCAGAAGCUGGCCCCACAGGCUUACAGUAAUCAGUGCCAGUCAGAAUCGAAAGCUCCAGAGUGCAGGCUGGGCUUAAAGGAAGGCCGUCCAUUCUCUGGAGUCACUGCUUGCAUGGACUUCUGUGCCCAUGCUCAUAAGGACCAGCACAACCUCUACAAUGGUUGCACAGUGGUGUGUACUUUAACUAAGGAGGACAACCGUAAGGUGAAGGGGAUUCCUGAGGACGAGCAGCUCCAUGUGUUGCCUCUUUACAAGAUCUCCCUGACUGAUGAGUUUGGCAGUGAGGAGGCCCAGCGCCUCAAGAUGCAGACGGGGGCCAUCCAGGUGCUUCAGGCUUUCCGCCGUGAGGUACGCAAGUUACCCGAACCUGCCAAGUCCUGCCGACAGCGUAGACUAGAGGCCAAGAAGGCCUCCUCAGAGAAGAAGAAAAAUAAGCUAAUGCAGGCAGGGGAGACACCAGAGAAGACUGUGGUCAAGGCGGAGGUCUGCAUCACUGGUUCCCCUCAACCCCAAGGCAAUAAAGCAAUUAUAAAACAAGAGGUGAAGCCCAACAUCAAGAAAGAGCACUUCAACGGAUCAAUAGAUGGAUACCCUGUGCAGGCACCAGAACCAUUCAACAACAUCUAUCCACACCCUGCCUACUAUGCAAGGGGAGGCCUUCCCCCAACUGGCCAGCCCUCUGCACCAGACCCAGUAAACGGUUACCACCACACUGCAAUGCACUAUAGCUACUACAACUAUCCCCCCAAUGCACUUUUCCCCCCUAAGCUGAGGACCUACGAGGGUCGAAAUGGCUCUUUGCCCAAAGCAGGGAGCAAGAUUGACCAGGUAGAAAAGAAGCCUGAUAUUCAGAGCCUUCAGGCCCGACUGGCCCAGUCCUACCCCAGCUACCCAGAGCAAGCCAACCAACCAAACCACAGUGGUUACACCCACCCUGUGGACUACAACCAGUCCCGUCCUUCUUCUGUCUCCUCUGAAUCCUCCAACAGAGGCACUCCAGUCAUCAAACAGGAGCCUAUGGAUGUGCCAGUCUAUGAAGGCACAAUGCCAAGCCAGGCUGGUGCCAAGACACCUAGCACCACCCCGCAGCCUAUGGCCUGGCCAGGGCACAAGCUUAAUGGAAGUAUCGUUCCCACCAACUGGGACAGCCAUCUGAACCCUAAACAAAAUCCUGAAGCCUUAUUGUUGAACCCAGACAAGCAGCAGUUUCACCAGCAUCCCCAGCAGCGGCAGCCCUCUCCUUACCCACAGCAGUGGACAUCCUACCCUGGAUCAAAUGCCCUGAUGGCUUCCCCUGCCCCAUCACCAUCCCUCCAGGUACCUCCCUCUCUAUCUCCAUCCCCUCAUCAAGGCACAGUGCUCCCAGGUCACAUACAUCAAGGCCCCUCGCGCCCUGCCACCCCACGCCCAACCACCCCUCACCCAGGUACACCACAGCCUGGUAACCCCCACUCAGGCUUAGUUACACCACAGCCAGGUACCCCAGGCCCAGGCACCCCAAGGCACUGGGCCAGCCCAGCUCCUAGUCCUCAGCCGAAUGCUUGGUCCAUGGGGCCUGUGGCAUAUAGUCCUGGUUUGAAGCACAGCAAUCCUGCAGGAGCCUACCCUGACAAGAUCUGGUCCAAGACCGGGGAAAGUCGGUGUUCCACUCCCCUUGGGCUCCAAGAGAAGGCAUGGAAGUCUUGCGGAGGUUCAGUGGCAGGCAGUACCCCGUCUCCUGCCCCUGAGGGUCGCCUCUUCCCUGAUGCCCUGCAGCAGUCUGAUCAGGCCUGCUGGAACCCCAGCCGAGCUGAGAGUGAUGUUGAGAGCAACAAGGGCCGUGAAGAGGACGAUGAUGAGGUGUGGUCUGACAGUGAGCACAACUUUCUGGAUCCCAACAUUGGUGGUGUAGCUGUCGCACCAGCCCACGGCUCUAUCCUGAUUGAAUGUGCUCGUCGGGAACUACAUGCUACCACUCCGCUCAAAAAGCCUGAUCGCUCCCACCCUACCCGCAUCUCCCUGGUCUUCUACCAGCACAAGAACCUCAACCAGCCCAUGCAUGGCCUGGCUCUGUGGGAGGCCAAAAUGAAGCUACUGGCAGAGAGAGCACUGCAGAGGCAGCAGGAAGCGGCUCUUCUGGGCCUCUCCCAAGAGGACAUAAAGGCCCUUGGGAAGAAACGUAAGUGGGGGGCUACGGUGACAGGUGCCAGUCCAGGACCUGGACAAUCUAAAGACAAGAGGGAGGGGCCAGUGACGCGGUUAGCCCCCACGUUCAACACCACCUCUAUGGUUACUGUGUCUCCCUAUGCCUUCACCCGCCUCACUGGGCCCUACAGCCACUUUGUCUGAGUUCAGACAGACAGAAAAUGACUGAUAGCUACAGAGUGGUGCAGUGGAGGGCUGGAGAGAGCGAUGAGCAGGAUGAAUGUCUCUCAGCCGUCCCGCAGUCUGGCAUCUCUCCAUCCUGCCCCCUCCGCAGUCCACUUGAGGGGGGGGACAUUUUUAUUGUUUUUUACCUCAUGUCAGGCAGUGGUUUGGGCUUCAGACACACUGCCUGUGGUGCUCUUCCUCUCUCUUCCCUGGAGAGGAACUCCAUUGCUUUUUCUUGUUUAUAGAAUUUUAAUGAUUCUAAUUAUUGCUAUUAUUAUCAAUAUUAUUAUGAUUGCUAUUGUUACUGUCAAUGUUGUUAUUACAGGUAUUAUUAUAAUGAAGAUUUGUUGUUUUUUAUUAUUGCUGUUUUCAUUAAUGUUAUUAAUGAUGUGAUUGUUUUUGGUUAUAUAUUUUUUUAAAUCAAUCAGUCUGAGUCAGUCAGACUCAGACAAUUGCUUUUUCCAUGUUUGGAAAACAUGUACCCUAUUUUUUGUUUGAUCUUCUUUGUUUUUGUCAAUCUUCCAGCUGUACUUAGAGGAGGAGCCAUUGUCUGUCCGGCAAGACAGCAAAUCAAUAUUACUGUAAUCACAUGUACGUGUAUUUAAAAAAAGCCUUUACUGUAGGAUUGCCUUAGAUAUCUAUCUCUAUAUUGGCAAUAUAGAGAUAUGUAUGUCUAUAUUAGAUAUGUAUCCUUAAGAUAUGUAAAGCAAGUUUAGGCUUUCAUAAAGGAUACUUACAGUUAUUAUCAACCUGGCCUUGUAUUUUGGCCUUCAUAAGGAUUCGAAUCUAUCUUACCAGCAGCACUACACAGCACAGUAACACUGGAAAUUGUAAACAUUAAUUUACAUUCAUUUAAUAUUGCCUGGAACUAAUUAAAAAUUGGAAAAUCUUUGCACUUCAGCCUCCCAGCAUUAUGUACAAAUAGUAUACAUUCUAUUCCUGUCUGCACAUCUAGUAGGGAAAAAAACAAAGAAGGAAGUAAAGACACAUAUCCAACACAGUCAAAACAAUACAGUGUAUGUCAGAAUAUUCAGUUGUAUUUGCACAUUUAUAGUGUACCUUGUUGAUGUGGCUACUGUAACAAGUAGAACACACAAACUUCCAAAUGAAGGCUGCUUCUUUUAUAUUACAUGAAUAUAGCUGAAUAGCAGUGCUUGGUUUCAGCUGUUCUGUGUUUGUUUUGUGACUGUGUGGGAAAGCAGAGGCCCUAGAGAGCUUAAAAAAAGUUUUAAACAAAACAACAGCUUAAAAAUAAUUGUACUUGCCUUUUAAACCAAAUUGGGAGAAAAUUCUGCUGCUUCUCUUGUCGUUCGAUGAUGUGUUCCUCCUCCUCUUCUACACCCCUCCAGCUUUCGACUGGUGCUCAACUUCCAGCUCUGAUCGAUUCUCAUUCCGCUACUCUUCAUGGCACUUGAUGCUGUACUUAGGUGCUCUUUCUCAAAUCUGGCUCAUCUGGUAUUAGCAAGUAAAUAUUUUUCUUCUGCCCAAGGCGGAGUACCAGAAUGAUGUGAUUCACACGAGUGCAGCAAAUUUGUCAUGCAAAGAAAAGUAUAAUGAAUUAUGUUACAAAUGCUUUCCUUUGCUUGUCAUGUUUUUCUAUGGGGAAAAAACUGUACAUAUCUGGUACUCCACAGAGGCAAAUGAUACUAUUUGCAAAUGUCAUUUGACCCAGAUCUGUAAUUGCCACAUAGAGAUGGGACAGGUGGCACACUUUAUCUUCCUAUAACAUUCAAGUUAGGGAUGAGCAAUUCACAGUGUAAACUCUAGAGGGCAGCAGUGCCUGCCUUUUCAAAGUGGUGUGUACAAACAAACCUACAAGCACUUGAGAGCCAUUCAGAAGCCCGUAGAGCCUUGUCUUGCUGCUUUAACCAUCCAUGGCCAGUAGAGGGGGAUCUCACAUCCUGUUUGCUGACCAUGGAUGGGUCUCACCAGAGCAGCUCAAGGCGAAGCUGCUGUCUGUCCCAUUGUGGCACAAAUGUGAAUGAAGUUUGGAGAUGCUUUUGGGAAGGCCGUGCUAGGCUAGAGCAGAAGGAAACAGUGUUGGGACAGCAGUGCUUUUGGUGCUCCUACACACACUUGGUGCUCUCCUAUUACACUUGAUUUACUGUGAAGGGCCAACUCCUUCCUCUGCAUGGUGCUGUCAUCUUCGAGCAGAGCGAGUUGUGUCCUUCUGCAGGCACCUUUUGUCACCACAGAGCCAGCCAAUCAAAGUGGCUGCCUUAUGGCUGCAGCUUUGUCAUUGGGGCUAAGAACUGGUGUUCCUUUUUCUUGCGGCCAAGUGGUUUUGUCUCAAACAAAGUACACUGUACAGGGCAGAGAAAGCACAGUCAUUCAAUGCAUUUUGGUAACCCUUUCACAGAGAAAACAAUAAUACUGAGAGUUAAAGGGAGACCUUGGAAAAUUACUGUAGCUUCUGGGAGUUGGCGCCAAAUGCAAAUGCAUUGAAUCAAUGAAUCUCUCACUUUGUGUGCGUCUGUGUGUGUGUGUGUGUCUGAAAAUGGCACAAAUGUAUGGGUGCGUGAAUGUGAAAGAGCCAAAGAGAGAGACUAUUUGAUAGCCUGAGUCCCGUGAAUCAUUUUUAUUUUCUCUCCAUCAUCCAUGUGACUGUUUGAUUACUUAAACAGUCACAUGGUUUACUUGCAACAUGUGUUGAAAAUGAAAAUGAAUGAAAUAGUAGAGCUCGAUACAGGCUGACUCCUGGCUGCUGGGUGGUUGUUUGGGUCGAGGCCCCGGUUAUCUGUGAAAGACCCUGUUACCUCUCCCGAAGGUCUCCAGCUCUCUACCUCACGCUGUAGAGACACUGGUUACAAUCACAACUUGCUACUGAGGGCAGAGAAUCAUGCAUAUGUCCCUUUGUGUGCUCUAGAUCUCCACACUCAUUUUAACCUGCUUUUUUUUUUUUUUUACUCUUAUUUAUUACUACAUGGUGAUGAUGAUAAUGAUUGUCUUUGAUGUUAUUGCUUUUUUUCAUCUUUUUUUUUAUAUAGCUAAUACAAAUUGUACAUAGAGAAGAAAAGAUUUAUAAAAGCACUUUUAAUCUUGAUUUUAAUGACAAAAAGUAAGAGCCGAUUAUUGACAACUUGAAGCUUAGGUUUUUUGGGUUUUUUUUAUUUUCUCAAGAGAGAGAUAAAAAAUGUAAAUAUUAAAAUAUUUAGGUAAGAUUAUUUAACUGGUGAGGAUAGUAACUAAACCAUGAAUGACAAGGGGGUAUUUUGAAGUCUCUGACAGCCCUCAACAACAGUAAACAACACUUGGUCCCAAUGUGUUGUGUGUAAAUGUGUGCUUAGUAACACUGCUGUUUUGCUUUCGUAAGUACUGUACCCCUUGUCAGCAUGUAACUGACAGAGACCUGUCACUUUCGAAAAACAAAUUCCUUUGCCCAAUUAUGUAACGUGAAACUACACUCAAAAUAACUGGAGGAUCCCCCGUGUUGCAGUUCUCUGACCAAAACCUUAUAUCUACAAAAAGCAUGAAUUUUAGAGUUUUAGAAACGCUUGUCUCCUUGACAGCAAUUCAUAUUUUGACAUUUUACAGCAGAUGUCAACAACCCAAGAGAAAUCAUCACAAAUUAUUAUCAAAUUUCAAUUUAAGCUUAAAAAAUACCAAAAUUUGACAACAAUUCAACAAUAGUGAUCUACAGUAAGCUAAGGACAAAUCUAAAAGGGUAGCCAUUACCUGAUACUACCUGCCUUGUUUGUUCAUU